AUGAUCCCCAGAGGUCUUGCUUCCGCCUUCGGGACCCCGUCCCUUGAGAUCGGCCAGAUCCUACUCGGAAAUGCCAGCCGCUACACAAUUCAGAAGAAGAUCCGUGAAGGCGUCUGGAUUGCUACAAACCCAAUGGGCAACAAGUCCAUCGUUAAGGGCGUUCAAGGCAUCUCCGGCGCUCAGAAUGAGCACAAUGUCCUCCGCAAGUUUCAGGGCAACCCUUUCCUCCGCCCCGUCAUCGAUGAGAUCCAGCAGGACGCACCCAUGAUUGUUCUUCGCCACAUGGACGACCACCUGCUGAACGCGACAAUCAAGAAGCCCUUGACCAACCGCGAGAUUCGCUUCGUCGCCCGCGCCGUCCUCCGGGGGCUCUCCACCCUUCAUAAGGACGGCUACGUUCACACCGACAUCAAGCCUGAUAAUAUCCUCGUCAACUACGCUUCGGAUUCCGAGGCCGACCCCGAUCUGCGUUUCUCCGACGUUCAGAUUGGUGACCUGGGUGCCUCGUACUCGAUUGAUUCUGACGUUGCCACCAAGGGCUUCUUGAUUGGUGCUCCCAUCUGGACGAGCCCCGAGGUGCUCAUGGAGGUUCCCUGGGGAACUGCUAGCGAUAUCUGGGCCUUUGGUUCCAUGAUGAUUGCCCUCCUUCACGGCGGCGACUACAAUCCCUUCCGUCCCACCAACGCUCGCUACCACGACCGAAGCUAUGUCUUUGAGGUUCUCCGCCAGCAGUCUCGCCGUUUCGGAGCCAUUCCCGAGACCUACCUUGAGCGGGCUCGUCCCGGCAAGGCCAUGGCAGCCAAGGCAUUGACUGUUGGCCGCAAGGUUGAACCCCUCGACUUCCGCACCGCCUCCCAUUUCAUCAACCGCAUUAUGCGUAUGGAUGCCGCCGAGCGUCCCUCGGCCGACCAACUCCUCGAAGAGAUGUCCGGCUUGUUCGAGGACUAA